CACUCCACAUCCUUCUUGCAGAUAAUGAGAGGUGGAGACACUCCACAUCCUUCUUGCAGAUAAUGAGAGGUGGAGACACUCCACAUCCUUCUUGCAGAUAAUGAGAGGUGGAGACACUCCACAUCCUUCUCAUGUAUAAUGAAGCAGUACUACUGUAAUGCUCUGACUGAUGAGCAGUAUUGCUGCCAGCAGGAAGAGCUGGCACAUCUGGCCAACACUUGUGCUACAUACUUGGAGUCCAGCAGAAAACAGCGGAUGGAUGGAGGAAGGAAGAUAGCAAGCAUGGCCCUGCCUGAUAUAUGGCAGUUCCUGAGUAUCUAUAUGUCAGAGGAUGAAGGUCCCAAGACUGAUGCAGCUGAGGGUUCCAAGUUGGACGAUCCACUCGAUGUCACUGAUGACAUCGUUGUGGCCAUGGAUAGACCAACAGAUGACCCAAAAAAAGAAGAAACACCUUCAUCAUCACUCACUCCAUCACUGUCUUGCCAGAGGUUCGUCUACACUACAGUUAAACAACUGCAACAUCAACACCUCUUCAGAGUACAGGUACUGUACUUCUCACCUCCAGGACUCAAGUCCAGCUUCCCAAUUUUCCUGAAUUCCUUCAUAAAUGUUACUUUGCUCACACUCCAACAGCACGUCACACACUCUUGCUGGAAGUCCAAGCCCCUCACAAACAAAAACUUCCUUUACCCCAUUCCCUCCAAUCUUACCUAG